AAUAAUAAGCAACAAGAGAAGAAGCAAAAGAAAAGAAAAAAAAAAUGAUUAAAUAAAAAUAAUAAAAAAAGAAAAGAAAAAAAGGAAAAACCACAUGUGCAGCAACAUGUUAUUGCAGCAGAUGCAGACCAAUAAUUCGGUUUUUCAUUCUCCGACUCCCAAAGUCUUAGCACCACCAACCGCCGAUUAUCCUCGUUAUCGGACUCCCCAAACCCCACGGCCCCGGGCCCACCCCUUCCGCCUCUAGAUCAACAAACCAUCAGAUUUUUUUUUGUUUUUCUGAUUAGGGUUUGUGAAUUUGUGAAGGAUUAGGAGCUGAAUUUUGCGAAUAAAAGAUAGUAAUUUGAUUGUUUGGGAGUGGUUAUGGAGGUGGAGGUGUCGGGUGUGAAGCCGUCGGCCAUGGUGAUGACGAGUAGGGAGAAAUCGGAGAGCGAUCGGGUCCUCGUGAAGAGGAAGACCCUGCAGGCCGUGCUCCAGCAGUGCCAGAGAGCCCUCGAAUUGCUCGAGUCCAAUAGAUCUCUUGACGACGACGACGACUACGGCGAUGAUGAAAACGACGCCGCCGAAGACGGCGACGAGCGCCGCCGCGGAGAGGCUGAUGAGUUCUGCGAGCUUCUAAAAUCUAGAGUUGAGUGUCCUGACUUUCUGGAAAAGUUAGCUUGUGCGCAAGCAUCUGCUUCACAAAAUUUGGCUGCAGAAGAAGGUAAUUCUUGGGAUGUGGUUAGUGCGAAUGAUUUGUGGGAGGGCGAGAACACUGAUUUGAAUGAAGAUGAGUAUGUUCUUGUAAGGCAGGAGGAUAUAUUGGAGGGUAUUGCGUGUUUCAUGACUGCAUACUUGGAGAGUAUUAAACAGACUAAGGAUUUGCCUCCUAAUCAACUCCAAGAAGCCCUUCGGAAAACAUUCUCGGUUAAAAAGAAGAAGGGGAAGCUUCGAAAGGCUUGGGACGGGAGCAAAGUCAUUUACAAUGUGGCAUCCUGGGGAGCAACUGCCAUUGGGAUAUACCAAAACCCCGUAAUUAUUAGGGCUGCUUCAAAAGCCUUCUGGACAUCUUGCCAUGUUAUAUCGAAGCUUCUUUAAUGUCGUCGCGGACAUGCUUAAAAAAAAUGUUGUGAAAGUUAGGGUAACUCCCAAGUCCGCAGAUGUAUUGUGUUGCCAAUGCAGGGUAUUUCUUGUGUAACAUUAAUGGCAUUCUUUUCUUGCUACAGAUGACAGCUCCGAUUGGUUCCUCAUUGUAAUUUAAUCUUGUAAAUAUUUUCUUCUA